AUGGCGCGUCUUCCUGGUCUCUGCUUGGCUUCCGUGUUUCUCGUUCUUGUAUGCUGUUCGGAGGCGGUUCGCCUCGUACCCAGUUCCCGCUCCACCGUUGCCCAGAACGCCACCACUGGCACUGGCAGCAACACCGCCGACACUGGCAGCAGCACCGCCAACACUGGCAGCAGCACUGGUUACGCUGACAGCGCCACCACCACUGGCGCCAUAGCCAGAGGGAUUAAUAGCAGCAAGCCCACCAGGACCAGACCCAAGGGACUGGUAUAUGUUGUCCCUUUUGCCUUUUUUACUCGACAACUUGUGCCAAAGAAGGUGCAGCCAUUCGAUACCAUUGUGUUUUUGAACGCCGGAUUUUUCAACAGAAAGCGCCUUUAUCGAUAUCCUUCAAAGGAUGCCUUUCUCAACUGUGAACCCGGAAAGAAGCUAUACGAUUUCACUUACUUAGGCCAGGGAUUCCGCUUCAACGUGCCGCACUCUGCUGCCGGAACCACCUUGUAUUUUAGCGCGGACGUUUUCUUUUGUAACGCUUUGACAUGA